GGUGAUCAAGGCCAUCCUCCAUGAGGACCCUGUUAAAAUGGAGGACCUCGAAAGAGAGGAGGACACCAACUUGUCUCCUGUGCCUGCAGUGCUUGGGCCCUCCUCCAGCUCCUUGGACCGCCGUGUGACCCAUCUGAUGGGGCAAGAAGUUGCCAAGAGGGGAAGAUCAUCAAGGGGCAGAAGGCCCUGUGCUGCAUUAACUGCCCCAGACAAUAGUGUUGCCCUCCUCCAACCUCAGCAGCUGAAGUGUAGAGGGCUGCCCAACCUGGGGCUGACCUGCUACCUGAACGCCACACUGCAGUGUCUGUUCCACCUGCAGCCUUUCUGCACUCAGCUGCUGGUGCAGGAGGAGGUGUGGAGGAUGGAGCCGGAGGCACUGCUGCUCGGUUCAUUUGUAGGACUGUUGCUACUCAGAGGGUCCUGUGAAAUGGACAUAAAGGCAGCUGUACUACUGGAGCUCAAGGACCAAAUCUCCCUGCACAACCAGGAGUUUGAGGGGAACUCACAGAACGACGCCCAUGAGUUCCUCUCAGAGUGUCUGAUGCGGCUAAGGGUCAUCGGCCAGGCACUGGCCAUGGGUGACAUGGCCUACCAGUGCCCAGUGGACACUCUGUUCUCCUUCCAGCUCCGGUAUAUAAGAACUUGCCAGAGCUGUGGAGUUGAGAGCACGAGGGAUGAGGUUAACACCAUGCUCUCCCUCGACCUGGUCGGACAGGGAUCAGUGAGAGACAGCCUCCAGCUCUUUUUCACUGAAUCAAAUGUGGAGUUCCGGUGUGAGUGCUGUGAGGGUCGGGGGUCAACCUUGAGAUGUCAUUUCCACACUCUGCCUCAGGUGUUGAUCCUCCACCUCAAGAGGUUCUGUCCCCUGACCCUCACCAAACAACACCAGGCGCUCACACUGGACCCCAUUCUGGACCUGAGCACACUAGGGGAAAGGACUGAAGAUGUCCGUAGAACGCCUCCUCCAACCAGAGUGUCCAGCAUAGGUGGAGAGACAGGGACAGAGACCCUGGAAGGAGAGGGACAUUAUUCCUUAAUUAAUGUCCUUAGCCACAUUGGCUCAGAUACCACCAGCGGCCACUACAUAGCCGACUGUGAGGAACAGCCAGGUCAGUGGGUCAAAUACAGUGACCACUCUGUCACGGUGGGAUCUGAGGAGGCCGUCCUCAAAGACAGGGAGAAGACGGCCUACAUACUUUUUUACAUCAAAAAGGUGACACAUGCUAGUUGAGUACAGUGUCACAUUGAGUAGUUUGAACGCCGACUGCUGUGUAGAUGAAGCUCAUCCU